AUGCUCGUGCUCAAGCUCCACGCCGGCCCGGUGACGCGCCUGGCGGUGUCGUACGACGACUGCCUGCUGCUCAGCGCGGGCGCGGACGGCGCGGUGGUGGUGAUGGACGUGAAGGACAAGGAGCUGGCAAAGGCCUCGGCGAGGCGCGACCAGGCGCGCCCAGAGAAGCUGCCGUGGGCGGAGGAGGUCCUUGUCAGCAAGGCUGAGCUGGACGAGCGGCGUGCGCGCGUGACAGAGCUGGAGCAGCAGGUGGCCGAGCUCACGAUGCAGACGGAGUACCAGCUGCGCCUGAAGGACCUGCACACGCAGGAGCGCCUGAAGGAGGUUGCGGACCGCAGCAACGCCAAGCAGGAGGCGGACAGGCAAAAGUUUGAGAUGCUGCUCUCGGAAAAGAACGAGCAGGCGCGUAAGGGCCAGGGGGGGACGGGGCGACAAGGGCACCGGGCACGCAGGGCGCGGCGGCCGCUGGCGGUUGGCGGCGGCAGCGGCGGGGCGGCUUGA